GCAGAGUGUGCGCGCCCGGCCGCGACCCGCCGCAGGGUCCGGGCCGUUGCUGUGGCAACGCGCCGGCAAACGGGCCGCAGGGCCUCCCUCUGCGGGCGAGCCCGCUUCGCCUGCCGGUGUCUCCCGGGGCCCAGCCGUCGGGACCCCACUCCCCCGGGGUCCGAGGUUUGGGGUGGUCCCAGUCGGCCCCGUUCAGCUCCACCUCCCACCUCACCCAUCCUGGGACCCGACCCUUUUCGGAAGUUGAAAGCGACCGACUGUAGCUCUCACGCGUGAAUGUAAGUGUAGUGCGUCAUUACCCUAGGACCUCGCAACUGGAAGUCACAGUUCUCACCGUCGGCUUACCGUAUCCCUUUCGGUCUGGUUCUUUUCCUCAAAGAGCGGGAACUUCUUUCCUUCAAGUUGUGUUUGUUGCAGAGUUAAGCAAAUGGCCAAUAGUGGCUUUGGUAAGAAAUCCACAAAAUGCUCCAACUGUUCAUCUACUUCCAAGGAAGGUUCAUUUUUUGUAUGUGCCUGUAAAACAAGGCUUUCUCCAACUUCUGUGGUGGAAAUGUCCCAAGCAUCGAGCAUUGGCAGCUCAGAAUUUAUGGUUUCACCGGAGAGGAUAAAAGAAAACCAAACCAGCAUAGAUAGUUCCUCUGGGAAAGAUACGCCCUCAAAAACCUCAAACAUGAAGAGAAAAACAUCUCAGCAACAGUGGAGUCGGGGCAACAUUACAGAAGGAAAGAUUCCUCACAUAAGGAUGGACCAUGGAGCUGCAAUUCAGGAAUUCUAUACCUUUGGAAAAAUAUUGGGACAAGGGAGCUUUGGAAUGGUCAUUGAAGCCACAGACAAGGAAACAGAAACUAAGUGGGCAAUUAAAAAAGUGAACAAAGACAAGGCUGGAAGCUCUGCUGUGAAGUUGCUCGAACGGGAGGUGAACAUCCUAAAAAGUGUGAAACAUGAACACAUCAUACACCUGGAGCAAGUGUUUGAGACGCCUAAGAAAAUGUACCUGGUGAUGGAGCUUUGUGAGGAUGGAGAACUCAAAGAAAUUCUGGAUAGGAAAGGGCGUUUCUCUGAGAAUGAGACGAGGUGGAUCAUUGAGAGUCUCGCAUCCGCUAUAGCCUAUCUUCACAAGAAGGAUAUAGUACAUAGAGAUCUAAAACUGGAAAACAUAAUGGUUAAAAGCAGCUUUAUUGAUGAUAACAAUGAAAUGAACUUAAACAUAAAGGUGACUGAUUUUGGCUUAGCAGUGAAGAAGCAUGGAAGGAGUGAAGCCAUGCUGCAGGCCACAUGUGGGACUCCUAUCUAUAUGGCCCCUGAAGUUACCAAUGCCCACGACUACAGCCAGCAGUGUGACAUUUGGAGCAUAGGUGUCAUCAUGUAUAUUCUAUUAUGUGGGGAACCACCCUUUUUGGCAAGCUCAGAAGAGAAGCUUUUUGAGCUAAUAAGAAAGGGAGAACUACGUUUUGAAGAUCCAGUCUGGGAGUCCGUAAGUGACCGUGCUAAAAGUGUUUUGAAACAGCUUAUGAAAGUAGAUCCCGCUCACAGAAUCACAGCUAAGGAACUACUAGAUAACCAGUGGAUAACAGGCAAUACGCUUUCUUCAGCAAGACCAACCAAUGUAUUAGAAAUGAUGAAGGAAUGGAAAAAUAACCCAGAAAGUGAUGAGGAAAACACAACAGAUCUAAAGGACAACUGGUCCAUUCAAGAAAAGUUGAAAGAUUACCAACCCGGCAGCCCCAGCGGAAACGUCCAGGAUGUCAGUAGCACCUCGGAUGAAGAGGAGGAGAAACAGUCCACUGCUUAUAAAAAGAAAUCUCCUGUGAGCAGUAAGAAGGAAAACGUGGACAACUUGGACGCGAAGUGUACAAAUUCCACAUCUUGCAGACACCUUCCAGCUGCACUCCAGGGCGAGCCACAGAAACCCCCCAUGACUUCAAGCCAAGGACCAGCAACCAAACUCAUCGCUAAAUCCAGUGCCCUGCCUAAAACCAAAAAGAAACUCUAGUGUCCUUCACCGAGGCGCGGUACAACCACAGAGCCGCGCUUUCUGGCGCUAAGACAAGGAAAUGCGAGGGGAGAGGACAGGACUAUGUCGAGCUUUUAGCCUUUAGCCCCGCUGAGCCCUGCCCUGUGUUUGCGCCAGCCGAAACGCGAAGCUAGGUAUGUCCACGCAGCCUGGUGUGAAAGGCCAGCCACCCACCGGCUUGAUGGUGGGCUGCAGCUGAAACGGAUCCAAGAGGUUUUCGAGAAUUGUUUAGAGGAG